AAAGCAGUAAUACCAUAUUAUAAUAUUGGACAUUUCAUUGUUAUCUGUCUUUUUCUUCUGCCUCAUUUGGGCUACUCCAAAGCAUACACUUGGGAAAGGGUUAGGAGAGAUGUUUUAAUCUACGGUUUUUUUACUCUAGUCUUUCUUGUGGAUGAAAAAAAUGGAAGUUGAGAUUAACCAUCUGUGUUCUACAAUCCCUGUUUGCGUCUCUUUCUCAUGAUCACAAAUAGCAAAGUUAGCUGUAAUCUGAGAGCAUGUUCCCAACUUAAUUUAUAUUCAUGUCAUGGGAUAGCCACCUUUGGAAAAAAAAUAUACUACUAUAUUUUUUGUAUUUCUAAGGGUUUAGGCAGGUUUUUAAAGUUAAAUUUAUUUUCCCCAUUUCAGGAAGGUCUUGCCUUGAAUUAGUCACCACAUCCCAGAAGUAGCCCAUUAGAACUGCUUCCCAGUGUCACCAGAUGUUGGUUUACCCAGAUUGCUGGGGAGUGUUCCUCAGCAUGGCAUGUAGCACAAGCUUUUGAACCUCAGUGAAAUAUACCUAGUAGUGGCUGAUUGAAGAAAAUUGUGCUCCUCCUGGAUGUCAGGUCUGGUUAAGAAAUGAUUCAGAAAAAAAGAAAUGACUCAGGGAGCUGGAAGACUGCAGCUACGAAGGAAGAUUCACUUCAUUCUUAAUAUUGUCAUUAUGAGGGGUUACUGUGAGUAGUAAUGUUAUACAUGUCUUAAAAGUCUAUCUCAGUCACCUGCAGGACCCAAAUGGACAGGCAAUCCCAGACACAGCUGUCCCGAUUGCCAGACAACUCUGCCUUUAAGCAGCAGCGAUUACCGGCCUACCGGCUGCAGCUCUCGGCCACCAAGGUCCUGUCUGGCUUCUUUGCCACGGGAGCAUUCUGCCUUGUCAUGGGCAUCAUCCUCAUAUUGUCUGCCAAGAGCAUCAAGGAAAUAGAGAUUAAUUACACAUAUACAUGUGCAAAUUGUGCAAAACUGCGGGAACAUGCCAUUAAUUUUAACAAAGGAUGCACCUGCACCAUUCCUUUCUUCCUGCCAGAGAAAAUGCAAGGUAAUGUUUAUAUGUACUACAAAUUGUAUGGUUUCCAUCAGAACCUUUAUCGAUAUAUUCUCUCCAGAAGUAACAGCCAACUGAUGGGUAGAAAUAUAAAGGAUGUUGGAGAAUGCAAUUCAUUUAGAAAGACCCACAAUGGAACCCCCAUCUGUCCUUGUGGAGCUAUUGCCAACAGCAUGUUCAAUGAUACCAUCAUUCUUUUGUACAACCUUAAUUCAUCUAUAUAUGUGGAAGUCCCAAUGCUAGCGAAUGGAAUUACAUGGUGGACAGAUAAGUUCAUCAAGUUUCAGAAUCCAAUUUCCAGUGAUCUUCCUAGUGCAUUUGCAGGAACUGCAAAGCCACCAUACUGGUCGACGCCUGUGUAUGGACUGGACGAAGAUAACUCAGGAAACAAUGGCCUCAUCAAUGAGGACUUCAUCGUGUGGAUGCGGACAGCUGCCUUUCCCACUUUCAAGAAACUGUACCGUCGGCUCCAUCGGAUACAGCAUUUUGCUGAAGGCUUGCCUGCUGGUAACUACAGUUUCAACAUAAUCUACAACUUCCCAGUAACCAGAUUCCAAGGAGAAAAAUCAGUUGUCCUUUCCACCCUGACGUGGUGCGGGGGCAGCAGCCUGUUCCUGGGUGUCGCCUACACCGUGACGGGAGCCCUGACGUGGCUGGCCUCUUCCUCCAUGAUGGCAAUUCACCUGAUGCAGAAAAAAGGGAAAACGCUCUUCCCCCACUAUAAAGUCAAGCUUUAA